GCGUAUAUAAUUUUUCCCAGUGAGCAUGUAGCCUUCUCGUUGCUGUUUAUGAAGUCAGAGAAAGAGAGUAAAAACACGGUGAUUCUUUUACAGCGCACCCCUACCGUGCAGUACAUCUCAGUGUGUAGAUACACACAAACAUUAUACAGCUUCACAGAGCUGUCAAUCACAUAUCAUCAUGACCGAGUCUGCUGAGGCUGUGGCUGCCACUGUGGGCAACUGGAGAGCCGCCAUGAUAGAGAUCACCAACCUGACAAGCAACUACUGCUUACUCAACCCAAAAGUCUUUCUGGAGAGCGGUGAUAUCUCCAACCCACCUCAGCCCACGGUUCGCUCCCUUAAAACCGAAGUAUGCACCUUCAGCAAGAGCGCCGCCACGGCCACCGGCAGUGUGGGGGUCAUGACCUAUGACCUCUUUGAGCGAAACAGAAAUGACGUCAUUGAGACCAUGGCCAUCAUGUUCUCUGUGCCCUGGGACUACAACCUGUACAAGAAUUGGUUUGCAGUGGGCAUCUACCCUAAAGGGAGGGAAUGUGAUCAGGCCCUAUAUAAAGAAAUGUACUAUCAAAAACACCAAAAAGGCUUUGUGAGGGAGGAGGCUAAUGGGUCAGGCAUUAACCAUGAGGGAAAUUACUUGGAUAUCAGGGCCACCAUGUGUCCUUUAGGCAGGGCCAUUAUAAAAGUAGAAGUUUGGGACAAGCUGUUUACUCCACAUGAUCAACAGGAUAAAUGAGAAGAUAAGCCAUCUGUCCACUAUCAGAAUUAUUUUACAAUAAAGGUGCUUGUCCGUUAACAUUUAUAAUAUACGUUUAUAAUACAAUUACAAAUGUAGUGAACAUUACUUGUC